AUGAGUUUCUUUAACACAAGUGGGCCAAGUGGCUCAUGGGGAAGUAUGCUUAAACAAGCGAUGAAUACUGUUGAAAGUAAAUUUGACAAAGCUCUUGACUUAGGAGAAAGUAGCAUAUAUCAAGGAGAAGUAUAUGUAGAUCCUAUUACUGGUUUUGUGACGACUCUUGAUCCACCAAGUUUAAGUUCACAAACGGUAACGAAAUCAACGCAAAACCAAGGAUCACAAAAACCAGUACCAACAUUUGGUAACUUACAAGAUUCAGAAUCGAAAGAAUCAAGGACAAUACUAGAUAACAUAAUAGAACAAUCAAAAUCUUCGAAAAAUGAAUUAGAAACUGAGAGUUUAACAUCUGUUCACACAAACAGUGUUAUUUCAAACAGUUCUGAUACACAAUCUCGAGAAUUAGAUGGUAUUGAUAGUUCUAGAACAUCUCAUGAUUCACGAGCAUCAGCGGUUGAACCUCAAUUCACAACUGAUAAUUUUCAGCAUAUAAUUGAGCAACGAGAACGUCAAUUACUUAACGCAGCUGAACAAAAUGCAUUAUUGAAUAAUACAAUAGAACAACUUAAAAUACAAAUACAAGAACUAGAAGCUAAGAAUGCUGAAUCAAAAAUAAUUCGUGAAUUAAGAGCCACUUUAGUACGAGUUGAAGAACAGGCUGGUCUUCGUGAAGAUAACUUACGGCAUGAAAUCUUGGCGUUGCAGCAACAAUUGCAAAUAGCAGAGAAUUACGCGAGAGAUUCGACGUCGGAAGAAUGGGAAAUAGAUCGAAUUCAAUUACUCAAACAGAUAGAAGAUGUAAAGACACAAUAUGCAUUAUCGGUUAAAAAUUGGGAAAAGAUUGAGCAUAAUCUUACGAUACGGUUAACCGAAAUGGAAGCUGAACGUGAUCAAUACAUUGAAGAAUGUAAAAAAUUGAACUCUCAAUUAAGGGAACUGACGUCACAUUCUGAGCAAAAAGAACUUGAACUUGUUGCGGCUCAACAAAAAAAUUCACAAUUAAAUGAGGAGAUAGAGUCACUUAAAGCUCGAAUUCCUAUCUUACAAAGUGAGAUUGAAACUCUUACAUCAAAUCUUGAAUCAUCUGAAGAAUGUCACCAAAAGAACUUAAAAGAAGUAGAAGAACAAUAUCGUUGUAUACUACGACAAACGCUUGAGGAAAAACAGGAUGAAUGGGAAGAGAGAUUACGAUCAGAACAAGAAGUUAAAUCAAAGGAAUCUGAAGAGAAACAACCAUUGAAAGUAGAUUCUAUUAGGGGUAGUCCUAUAAGAUCAGCAAGUGAACCGCAAUUGAGUUCGUUACGUUCUAUAAGUGAAAUACAUUUAGAGAAACAUGUCGAGGGAGGAGUACCAUCACCAAUGUUAAAAAGUCCAACUUCAAGUAUUAGAUCUAAUAGGUCUAGUAUUGAUGGUGGAGCUAGCAUAAUAAGUAAUGUUAUAAUGACAGAGAGAUUGAAUUCCUCUAUAAAGUACUUGAAAGGGCAAGUUAGCACAUUACAGGCUCAACUUUACCUUACAACGAAAAAUAGAGACGAAUUAGCAGAUGAACUAGUAAAACUAACCACUCAGAUAGAAGAUCUUUCUCUAAAAUCCGAAAAAGUAACUGAGCUGGAACGCCAAUUUUAUGAAUUAAAUGAAAGAUAUAACACUGCGUUAGAGUUAUUGGGUGAAAAGACAGAACAGGUGGAUGAGUUACAAGCAGACAUUGAAGAUAUGAGAGACGCAUAUCGUAGUCAGAUAACAGAUCUAACUGCACAACUAGAAAGAUAUAGAAAUUCAUGA